AUGGAGUACUCUUUUGCAGUUGCCAACAUGGUGUUUAUGAAAGUUUCUCAACUAGAAUUAUUGAAUAGGGAAAACACAAUUUUGAAUUGUCAUGUUCUUUCUACUCAAAUAGGAGGUAUGCAUUGUCCAUUACGUGAGUUCCAUUGUUUUCCAGAUGUCAAGAAUUGGAGUCAGAGCAUUUCUUGUAUGGUGUCUCAUCUUAAGAUGCUACACUUAAGCAGUGACGAAUGGAAAAACACAAUUCGGGAAGCCAUGGAGAGUGACUUGAAUUUGUUUACUGCAUUUGAGAAUACUUUAAAGAGAGUUGGACAAUGGAUAUGUGGAAAGUGUAUGAGAAUUCAUGCCAUGAAUCGGCCUUGUCAUCAUCCGCAUGGUCUAGUUCGGGUUACUCAUGGGAUAGAAAAGGUCGAAAGUCACAUUAUGGAUAUUGUAAAACCAUCUACAAUAGACUUUGAUAACAUUGAUGCAAAUGAGGGGAUUGUAUUGGACGCAAGGUUGUUAGAGAGAGUCUUCACAACACAUAUCUUCAUUGUAAAGAGCAUACAUCUUAAGUGUUGUCUUGCUUUUUCUCAGGCAUUGAAGGAUGUGCCCCUCAAGGUGGUUUACUGA